AUGGCCUGCAGGGGUCACACUCGACCCAGGGCCUUGGCCUGGGCCCUGCAACUGACCCUGGCAUGGAUGCUGCUGGGGGAUUGUGGAGGGAGCCACCCACUCCCAGCUAGAUCACAGAGACACCAUAGGCUAGCGACCAAUCUGGGCACAGACCGGCUGCACCUGGAAGAGAUGAACCCACCAGAGGCAUCGGACCCUGGGCUCCUCCCAGUGCGCUGCGAGGAGCUGAGCCCCAGGUGCGAAUCCUUCCUGGUACGCCUCCAAGCUGCCCUUCGCAGUCGCUUCCACCUGCUGCUUUUGGGGGUACGCCAGACGCAGCCGCUCUGCUCUGAGCUCUGCGAUGCCUGGUUUGCCACUUGCGAAACUGAUGUCACCUGCAGCCCGACUUGGCUCCCACUCCUAGAAAAGAGGGGCUGCGAGCCUGGCUGCACUACAUAUGGGCAGACUUUUGCAGACGGAGCGGAGCUUUGCCUCUCGCUUCUGGGCGACGCGCUACCAGUGGCGGAUCCCGGCUCUGGUCACUGCCUCAACAUUUCCGUCUCGAUGUUGCCGCGUCCCAGACAUGCACGAAGGGCCUGGGGAACCAUUUUCAGGCGCUCCCGCCGCUCUCGCACCGGGAUCCUGGAAUCCGCGAGCAGCGGGAGUGGCAGUGGAAGUGGCAGCGGCCCCUAG